GUCGACGGUCGGACACUUUUGUCUCGUGGUGCACGGCGUGUGAGCGUCAGGAUGUUCGCGUUAGUGCGAUUCUUGAACAGUUUUGAUAAGAAAGAGUAUAUAAUACCUGCCAAUAACAUUAAGGACUUUUACCCAGAAAGCAAGGAGGACUUCAUUAAAAGUAAAGUCUACAGGACAGAGUGGGUUGAUCAUGAAGACCCGGAAAACACAGGAUCGUACACGUGUAGAAUUCUGCUGCUGGCAGACUCGGAACAAGAGCUACAUAGACAAAGGGGCAGCAAGCGCCUUUCACGGCCUCUGAUACACCAGUCAGAUAUUGACCAAGAGGAAGAGCUCAUUGACCUGCAGCUGUCAGCAGUAAACACCAAGCAGACUGCAAAACAGGCACACAAAAAAAUGAAACAGGAUCAGGCAGCAUCAAGAAGUGCUGUUUAUGAGGAAAUUUUGAGCAAGCAUGCCUCUCGUGCCCUUGAAAAAAAUAAAGUCGCCCGAGCUUUGCAAACACCCUCAAACAGGUGUGUGGAGUUCAAUGAAGACACCACAAACAAAGAACGCAAACACAAGCAAAUGAGGAAAGAGACUUGA